UAAAGAUAAAACCAACACAACAAUUUUAAAAGCUACUGCCACAGGACAGCUUAUAUCGCAACCAUGAGGAUCUCGGCGGCUGGUAUCUCCUUUGUCGCAGCACUAUGCUUCACGACGGCAUCCGUUUCUGCGUUUACCACACCGUCCCAGCGAGCGAUCAGCAUCCAGCAGCAGCCUUCAGUGCAAGGAUCGCAAGCAACGAUAUUGAACGAAAAAGAUGAUAAGAAGGGGAACUUUUUCAGCAAUAUGUUCAACGGAAGCGGCGAAAGCAACGAUGGAACGACGGCUCUUCGGGGCAAGCUGCCACCGCACCCGAGUGUACGGCCCCACAUUUCUCCCCUGAAUUUAUUGGGACCGGACCCGCAGGAAAAACCUUCUUCGGAUCCUCUCCCCGUACAUCCCGAUGUUCGCAGUGGAACGCUUCCAAAUGGACUCCCCUAUGUUAUCUUGCCCAACAAAAGUCCACCAGGACGCUUCGAGGCUCACUUGCAGGUUUUCUCCGGUUCGGGUACGUUGUCAUGCCGGAACGGCCUGUGAUUAAGAGAAACGCUAUCGGUAUUACUCUGUAUCUCGAUGGCCUUCAAGAACAAAAGCUGAAAGCUAUUGUUUUCAUGUUUUCAGAGGCUGAUAAAUUUUUGAACUGAACUUCUUGCCAAAACUCAUCUUAUCCUUUGCCAUCCCAAAAUAAUUUUCUUUUCAAUAGCUGACGAGCUUGAACCGCAACAAGGAAUCGCCCAUCUCACGGAGCACGUAGCCUACAUGGGGUCUAGAAAACGUGAAUUGCUCUUUGGAACGGGGUCGCAAACCAAUGGUACGUGUUGGAUCAAAUUGAUCCCUCUCUGAUUUCCUGUUUCAUUUAGUAGGUUUGUGUUGCUGUAUAACUGCAAAAAAAUUGUUAUUCAUGUGCUCUCAUCGGACCGGAUUCUAACAAAUAACGCCCGCAUUUCAUUCCUAUUUUUCUUGUGUUCUCGUUCGCGCCAUGGCAAUGUAAUAUGACACAACAACCCACAACGCUGGGAUGAAUCAAAUCAAUUUUUAUUUCGAAUAUCGACCGUUUGCACGAUUUGCAACAGCCUAUACUGAUUUUCAUCAUACCGUAUUUUAUGCAGUCUGCCCCGUCAAAACACCUCGUGGCGACAUGCCUAUGCUUCCCAUGGCGUUGGAUGCUCUAGUGGAUGUUAUGGAGGCACGAACCGAGGGAUCGCGAUUGGAAAAGGAACGAGCCGCUGUUUUGUCGGAAAUGACCAUGGUCAACACCAUAGAAUACCGAGUGGAAUGCCAGAUUUUGUCAACGCUCCAUCGCGAAAAUCGCCUUGCCAAGCGGUUCCCAAUUGGUAAAGAAUCCCUGAUUCGUUCUUGGAAUACCGACGAUGUUAAGUCUUGGCAUCGACAGCACUAUCGACCCGACAACGUUCUCUUGUAUUUGGUAGGAGACAUCAACCCCGACGAGGCCGAAAAGGUUAUUGCCCAAAAAUUUGGACGACUUUCCGCAGAAAAGCAAGGAUCAGAGAUUCGAUUGGAAGAAAUCAAGGAAAUGGCAAGCGAUCUAUCCGAGGCCGUGGUUGAAGGAUCCGUUAAGGCAGCACAGAGUUGGCAUUACCCACCGGUGCGACACGAUUGGUGCGCACCAAUUGACCAGGAGGUCCCUCCCGAAUUGAUUAUCCCAGCCAAUAGUUUGGAAUAUGAUUUGCAGCUCCAGGAGUCGUAUCCAUUGGAUGAGAAAACGAAUUUCUUGGAAUCAGAGGAGGUGGCUCCGGGAAAACAAAUCCGUCCCCACAUUUUCCGGUGAGUCUGUUAUGCAGAUAUAUUAAUGUCAUGACAAGAGUAUUUGAUGGACGAGCUUCUCACAUUUAUUUUUUGGCGUUCGAAAAUUCAUCAGUCAUGAACUUUUGCAGUCAUUUUCCCUCCAUUUCUUCAGCAAGAGACCGGUCGAACCGAUCGUCGACAUUGAUUCUUUUCGCAAGAGUCUUGCACGAAGGGUGGCGCUCGCAGCACUUCAAAUUCGUCUGAACGUUGGAGGAAGAAGCGAUGACCCUGCCUUCACAUUCGUUGAAUUCAACCAGCUCGAUUCUGCUCGCGAAGGUUGCGCUGUGUGCAGUCUUGACAUGACUGCCGAACCACACAAAUGGAAGGAAGCCAUUCACAAAUCCCUGUCGGAGAUCCGCAAACUUGGCGUUCAUGGUGUAACAAUGGGGGAAAUGGAAAGGUAUGCAUCGUCCCUAAUGACAGAUGGUGAACAAUUGGCAGCGCAAGGGGAUCGCAUCAGCCAUGGAGACCAACUUUCUUAUCUAAUGGAAACCGUCGCCAACGGGCAUACAUUCAUGUCUCCUGAGCAAUCAUACCACAUGACUGCGAAGGCGUUGUCAUCUCUUACGAUUGAAGAUGUCAACGCUGCGGCUGCAGAACUUUGCUCGCAUGUAACUGCUCUGAAGGACGGGGAACUACCACUCUCUGGUCCCGUCAUCGCUGUUGCUUGUACACCCAAGGGCGUUAGCGAGGACGAUCCGGCAUACUGUGACGAGCAUAGUUUGGUCCAAGCAAUUUACGAUGCUUGCCAAAUUGAUGUUGAACCUGAGGAAGACGUUGUUGUUCCUUUCACUCUGCUGCCCGAAGAUAAAUUGGCUCAAGCGAUGGAGGAAAAUCCACCUGUUUGGUUGGGAGGACAAUUCAGUGAUGGAACUCCCAACACUGCCCCAGAUACCAUCACACGUCCGUUUACGCUUCGACGACUCGGCAAUGGAAUCCGUGUUGGUGUUUCUUACAAUUCGCACGAAUCUCAAAGAGGUCAUCUUCGCCUAGUAGCUCCUGGUGGUAGAGAUGCGGAGAAGCGAUUAGGCUUCAAAAAGGGAUCAAUGUCGAUCGGUGCUCGAACCAUGCAAGAGGGAGGUGCCUUUGGACCUUGGACUCGAGAGCAAGUUGAACUAUUUUGUGUUGACCACUUACUCAUGGUCGAGAUCAACUGUAGUGAGGAAUCUAUUACUGUCGAUUUCGUGUUCCCCACAAACAAUGUUGGAAAUGUUGGAUUCGGAGAUGACGUACAGCUCGGUAUUACGGGGACCGAAUCCGUUUUGCAAAUUGUUCGAGAAAUCAUUGUCGGCUUCAAGUGGGAAGAUGAUGCUUUGGGACGGGCCAAAUCAAGUUUCCGCACGACGCACGAAAGUCUCUUGAAGAAUCUCGAGAAUUUCAGCACAGAAAGAAUCAUGGAAGCCAUGACAGACAAUGAUGAUCGGUACGUACAGACAAAAUAGUUUGUGUUUCUGCUCUUCUUGUUUUUGCAUUACCUUAUUGUCACGCAUCUCGUCUGACACACGCACACGCACACAUUCAUAUAUUGCCACUUGUUUUGGAUCUGUGCCAUAGUUUCCUUUCUAUCGAUGUGGAUGCAGUAAAUGACAUUUCCUUGGCGGAUGCCAAAAAUGCGGUCAUGUCUCAGAUGUCACCCUCCAAUCUUGAAAUUUCUGCUUCCGGUGACUUUGACGUCACUGAAGUAUUGGAAAUGAUCUACAAGUAUAUUGGAACUAUCCCUGCAGAUGCCAACAGCGAGUUUUUGAAGGAAGAUGUAGGACUCGAACAGGGAGCAGCUGUGGGAAGCGUCCCUGCCCUCCCCAAACCGGGCAAGUUCUUGGAACUAGAACUUGCUGAUUCUGAUCCCCGUGCAGUCGCAUAUGUUGCCGGUUCUGCACCAAAUGCAUGGGGUUAUUUGUCCGAUGGCACUUCUAUGGCAGAUUACAUUAUGUCUCAAGACAAGCGAGCAACAGAUUACGACCGACAGCGACGUAAACACCCGCUAUUCGGACACGUGGCAUUGUUACUCCUCUCUGAAAUUGCUAACCGCCGUCUAUUUAGCUACGUCCGCGAACGUAAGCAACUUACGUAUGAUGCCAACUUCUCAUUCACUGGUUUUGAACGGCUACUAGGAGGAUUCUUCCUUGUCACUGUAACGGCUUCCAAGGAGAAUGCUGCGAAGGCCCUUCAGGCGUGCAAGGAGACCCUCUUCAACCUGAAAAAGGGCCAGAGAAUCACGCCUGACAAUGUUGAGUCGGCGAAGCGUGUUGUGCUCAAUCGUCACGACUUUGAGCUGCGGACAACCGCUUACUGGGCGCAGCUCAUGUCCGGCAUCCAGGAAGAAUCGGUUCCUCUCAAGGGUCCCCUUUCCUUCACUGACUUCGCGAAGGUCGUCGAAGCAAUCACGCCGACUGAUCUGCAACUCGCCCUCGAGACCAUGGGAAUCGAAGACGACGAAUUGUUCACCGCAAUCGGAAGGACUGUUCAGACGAACGUUCCCACUGACGACGAAGACGAAACGCCUCUUGUGCGACAAGCACCUGCUAUUGGCAUGAGAAGAGGAGGAGCUCUUAGAGAUUAGAGUUGUCGAUUUUCCUCUUGUAGCUCAGAAAACUAUAAUUAUU